UCUUCAUUCAUCCCAUACAUACUUUGGGAUGCAGAAUCGGUGCUUAAAAAUCCAAAUUUCAUCCCUUUAGACAAUGAUCAAAAUUUUCAAGAGCCUCCAAGGCAAGGGACGGUGCCUUGCCCGGGAAUUCCACACACGACCAAAAAUCUACCAGGAACCCGGCGUAUUUGUCCAUCCUGAGCUUCGUCGCAGCAUCCCCCUUGUUUACUUCCGCAGAGGUGACUUGCCGCAAAAACUGGAUCUCAAAAUGCAUUCCAACCGAAACUGUGAAAUAUCCCCUUUGGAAAGAAACCGGCGGUGCAAGGAGUACUUCCGUCAGUUUUGCAGAAGACAGCACAGCUGCUUUUCCCGCACCUACCAUUGGUCAGAGUUCCGGCGAAAGAUGAUCUACGGGAGUUACUAGAAAGGACUCACGUCCAAAGCAAGGACCUACUUGAUUCGCACUUUAAAGUUGACUUGCCACUUUGCCGGCUAAAAAGUACUUUGUUUUGAUCUGGUUUAAAAAACCAAAUCACAAUAAAUCACUUUUUAGGCAACAAAGUAUCUAAUACUACAAAAUGCAUAGCUAUAGCCAAAAUACGUGAAAACAAAAACGUUUUUUAAUGUAAA